AUGUUUAAAAAAUCAGAAGAAAAUAAAAAGAAAUUAGAAAGACAAUCAUCAACAACAACAAUCCAUAAUCAAGAUACUUCUCUUAACGGAAUUGGACCUUAUGAAUUUGUUCAGACUUUAGGAAGUGGUAAAUUCAGUAAAGUCAUGUUAGCCCAGCAUAUAGAAACAAAUCAACCGGUGGCAAUCAAAGUCAUUGAUAAGCAAGCGCAUGAUUAUCGUGUUAUGUCAAGGCUUGUAAGAGAGAUAGCCAUUAUGGAACUAUUACAACAUGAAUCUAUUGUAAAAUUAUAUGAAACAUACGAAAGCUGCGACUCUCUCUUUUUGGUGAUGGAAUACGUACCUGGUUGGAACCUGGAUGACUACUUGCAACGAACAGAUGAAGGUGUCCUUGAUGAAGAUGAAGCACGUCAGCUAUUUAGACAACUCGUCUCUGCUGUUGACUUUUGCCACAGAAAAUGGGUUGUACAUCGUGAUCUGAAGACACCUAAUAUACUCGUCACACCUGAUGGAAAGAUCAAGUUGGCAGAUUUUGGAUUAGGCAAUCGAUAUGGCUUACAAAGGCUAAGAACUAUCUGUGGUUCCAUGUUGUAUUAUAGUCCUGAAAUCAUCACGGGCCAAAAAUAUUAUGGCCCUGAAGUAGACUGUUGGUGUCUUGGUAUCACCUUAUUUCGCAUGACGGCUGGCUUUGAACCUUUUUCACAUGCACGCACUGUUGGUGAACUCAAAAAAGAUGUCUGUCAAUGCAAUUUCCCUAUGCCUAGCUCAUUAAGCCCAGCACUACAGGCAACCAUCAAGAAAUGCUUACAAGUCGAUAGGAGAAAAAGAAUGACCUUGCGUCAAGCACUCAAGGAUGAUCCUUGGCUAACCAAUUUUGGUCAAUUACCUUGUCCUGUAUCAAAGACAACAGCAUUUGAAGAUGUCAUGGAUGAUGAUGAUAUGACAAGAAAACAGUUUAUCAAAGAUCUCGAAACAGAUAAUGCAUACCACAAAGUCAAGAAAACCGUCAUUUACCAUCCAAUCAAUCCAUCCACUUAUUAUACAACCAAGGCUCAUCAGAAUACUAUCAACAGCACCAACGUGGUCCAUGUACAAAAUGUAGAACUACUAAGAUCAGAAUUACUCCAAACUAUACGUUCUCGUGCCCGUAAACUAGGCAUCAAAUCAACUGAAAAAUGGGAAACUCCUGGAUUGAAAGCCAUUCUGUCAUCACUUAGCACAUCAACCUCAACAACAACCACAAAAAAGAGCUCCAUCAAACAGGUCGUCCAACGUAUGACGAGAGAUCAAGUUUAUCAUUUUCACUAUAUGCAUCCACUCUUUUCUCAUCCUUCAGCUACUCGGCCUCCCUCCCUUUCGUCUACUUCCACCUCGGGUGCCUCCUCGAUUACAAGUAGCAUAGACAUGGCCGACAGUGCACUAGCCACUAUGGACUACCAAAAAUCCCCUCACCACCUGAAAGAAGUCAUGGUACUCCUGAAACAGACUUGCCAAUUGAUGGGUAUCACCUACCUCCAGACCUCAUCCACUUCAUUAUCAUGCAUCCUCACAUUGCGUAAUGCUCCAAAGCCAAGUGAUUCCAAUGCUUCUUCAGCAACCCUCAUAACCCCACCUCAAAAAAGAAAUCAUAAACAAAGUCAAACAAGUAGUUUAGGAGUAGGUGAUGAAUCCUCAACUUCGGCUCGUAAACGGCUCUCCUUGCCUCUCCUUUCUCACUUGACAUCUUCCAUGACAACUUCCUUUUUCAGUAGAAAUAAAGCACGACAGUCUAAUGAGGAACAACAACAGCAACAACAGCAACAAGAUAAAGCAAAACAAAAGGAGGGCAUGGCCAUGUUUACUAUACAAAUAGAGCAACAUAAAAAAAAACUAGACAAGAUCAAACUGAGAUUUUCAAGGACUCAAGGCUCAAACACUGUCUUCAAAAUGGCUGGUGGCUGGGUUGCAGGUGUAAUGUCUCUAGAUGGAAAGUUGAGCUAAAAGUUAGAAAAAUAAAUAUAAAAAUGUAUUAUUCGCUUUAUACUCUUCACUCUUCUCGAGGACUUUUUCAUUGUUAUUCUCUGAUUGUAAAUAAAAGGUCGGCUUUGACCCAGAUAUUGUUCGUCUCAAUAGUUUUGUCAACAAAUCCAGUCUUCCCUUUAGUCUGCUUGCACUUUUGUAGAAGUAGCUCGUUUUCUCUUUCAUACUUAGUAAAAGAGCUGUCUCCAUUUGGAGAAGGAAAUGUGAUAAGCAACGAGGUGGCGGUACAUGUUUUUGCUUUUGAUGUAGCAUAUGAACACAGGAUUAUUACUUGAAUUAAUCAUAAACAUGUCGCGUUAUAUAUGAACGU